AAAAGUUGAGUGGGCGUGUACACACAACUACAAUUAAGCAGUGCAGUGUGUGUGUGUCUAGUCUGUACGUUCUGUAGCCUAGAGGGCAGAUAUAAAGUACUAUGCAGGAGAUGGAGAAGGUACACUGUGAAGGAUCCGUGGUGUGGUAUCAGCUGGCAAGCCCCAGAGUCUACAAAGGGAUCUGGUGGCCUUGCAAAGUGGUGUCUGCUAAAGAUGGUGAUGACGCUAUAACGCUUAAAUCUUUCUUCGACCAUUGUAUAUACGAGAUUGAUAUUGACUCAUUGAGGCAUGGUCAAAAACUGGUGCAGCCAUUUUGUUGCUCUGAGAAAUUGCUCAAAGAAUUUGUCUCUCUAGGAAAGCAACGGUUUAAAAAAAGAACGAGUACAUUGAAGGAGUUUUUGGGAGCAGUGACGCAAGCCCUCGACGAUUACAAUAGCAACAACGAUGAUUCUACAUUCACACUGGACCUGGACUGCUCUGAUCUCAGCAGCUCGCUUAACUCCACCCCCUCUAAUCUAGCCACACCCCCACACCUCGUUCUAAGCAGCAGUGUUUUCACUACUGGUGCUACCACUAGUCUGAGAAAAACACGAAGCUCGACCAAUAAAAGGCCUCGACCAAAUUAUUGCAACGAGCACGUUGAAGAUCCAUUGAAACCAGUCAACCUCGAGACUAGAAGGAGCGCUAUAAAACGACAAAAACAGAGUAAAAGUGAAUACAAUAGUGACGGUGUGGGAGCCAGACUAAGGUUCAAUGAUGCAGAGGAAACAGAGAAUGAUAGUGACGGUGUGGGAGCCAGACUACUACGGUACGAUCAUAGUGAAACUUCGGAGGAAAAUUCAAACAGUGAUAACAAUGAUAGUUUUUAUCAGCCUGAUAAUCUGACCUCUCAAGACAUUAGCUUAUCAAGCAAACCAUCAAUCAUAUCCAUAUCAUCAGACAGUCAGAACGGAUCACCAGACAACCAGAACAGAUCACCAGACACUGACAGGUCAUUAACGCCAUCUCCCAGGGAGCAUGUGAUUAUUUCACCGCAAAAAAUCACUAAAAAGUUAUCAGUGGAAAUCGCUCGUCUGUCUGCCACACCCGUACGGGUACAAACUGUGACUGUGGGGGACACUACUAGCUGUGUAUCCACCGGUUAUAUAGAGACCACACCCCCUACCCCUCCCACUAGUGACAAAACUAACAACCACCCUCAAGCAAGUUCAUCACACGAGACUAACACUGAUGAAGUACCCUCCCUAUCUGUGGACAGCUUCAUGCAGCCUGGAUACGACACUAUGCUAGAGCAGAUAAGAGACUUCAGUUCAGAUGACGAGGAUGACGACAAUGACCCAGUCUCCAGUGACCCAGACAGUGAUGAUGAUCUCCCUAUUGUGGACUUCUCAGUACAAGAAAAUGUCAGAAUCCAUGAGAUUCGUCCGAAUGCUGUGAUCUGGACGAAGUAUAAACACUACCCAUUCUGGCCUGUGCUGGUAGUGAGUGUUAAGAAGAGUAAGAAAAUAGCGCAGUCUUCGUUACAGGUCAAGUUUCUUGGCUACGAAGUAAAAGAACCAAAAGUCAAGAUUAAGAAUCACAAGAAUAUAGCUCUGUACGCUACCAAGAGAGCUACACAGUUCAAGGAGGAGGGUGGGCGGGGCAAGAACUCCAAGAGGUUCUUUCAGGCGGUGGAAGAUGCGGAGACGCUGAUUAGACUCAGAGCUGAUAAGGAGAUACGAGGAAACCCAGAGGAACAACUGCAACAGAUCAUCACCUAUCGACCACGUCGCCAGGUGGAGUCUCGAAGUGUGUCUCCAGUGGUUGAAGCAAGCCACACCCCCUUUAUGGCGGACGAGGUCAAUACUGACGCACCCCUCAACAUUGAUAGUGCCAUGCCGGACUCUUCCGAUGAAGAGUUUGACAUUCCCUCCUCUGAGGGGGAGGAGGAUAAUCAAGAGUUUGAGUAUAAUCAUACGAAAGUGAUGGAAAUUGUUAACAAGAUCGAGUGUGAGCUGGUGGCGAUUGCUCAGGGUAGGGCGGAGUCUCGCAGACACUCAGUGUUUGUGAGUGGCUCGGAGAAGGAACGGAACGGCCUCAAGAAAGAGGGACACUAUGGACCUCUCAUGAAAUGGAAGAGUGGAAAGAGGUUUGACUUCAGCCAGCACCUUCUCAAGAUGGUGGGCAAACCAGAGCACCAACCAGUUCAGUGCAAACUCUCCCAGGAUUACCUACUAGGAGUUCUCCUCCCUGAGACAAUGACGAGGAUGAUAAUGAGAAUGGAGGGUGUGUCUUAUCAAGAAGCUGAGCAACAACUUUGAACUUAUGAUCACCCCUCCUUGAGCUUUGAAUGGGACUAUGAUUUUUGUAUCAUUUUUAUGUGUUAAUCACACAAUUGUACAUACACAGUCUUUAUAUAAUUAUAGCUCUUAUAAUUAUUAUAUUAUUGUGGCAUCAACCACAUGCACUUCAAAUAUUACCCGUAUAUAUCUCAGAUCAUCAUUAAAAAUGACUUUAUUUGCAAUAA